CUCCAACCUCACGCUCCAUCCAUAUCACUCACUAUCCAUGCGAUUCCCACCCGCACUCUUACGACUAAUAUUAAUGGUCGGCCUCACAAUUCACUGACCGCAAACUCUGCGGCCGGCGACAGGCCGCACCUUGAUUUCUGAUGCUCCUUUCACUUCCUUCGAACUUGAGUAUAUGGUUUCAUCUACCGAUUUAGUAUAGCAGAUACGUCCACCUUUCUAAGCCAUCAUGUCGGGUUUCACGGCGCUGAAUAUCGAGUAUGAUAACGUCUCCGACGAGGAGGUCGAUGACACCAAGGAAAUCCAGAUCGAAGAGGCCCUCAAGCUCUACCAGACCGCACUACGAUUCCAUUCAGAGGGUCCUCGGUCAUUCAAAGAAGCAGCUGAAGCAUACGAUGCGCUGUUUAAGUCCGACAUCUUCAAAUAUCCCGAAGCACAAUCCGAGUUCAGCAAGGUUGAGCAGUUCGGAAAUAUCCCAUACGAUGACCUUGGGAUCGAGGAUCUUCACACUGGCCCAGUGAUCUUGGCCGGGCCGUCUGAGGGGACUCCCAAUACUCUGCUGCAGAUCCUGCAUUUGUCGUUCAAGAACCAUGGCCAGUUCUUACUUGAGAGGCUUCAGACCUUAGCCACUGAUGCAGGCACGGGCAACAGCGUUGAUGAAGCGCGCAAGUCACCGAAAGCUAUCAAAGCAGCUGCCAAGGAGAUCAUAAGGCUAUUCGCGGAUGCGCUGGAUAAAGAUGACGCCGAUCUGGACCUAUGGAGAAGAGCCUCUGCCGUUGCCGCCUUGGUUGGCAGCACUCGUGCCGCUCGGUUCUGCAUCGAAGCAGUUCUAGAUGGAGAGGAUGACGGCUUGCAGGCGAUUACCGGACAGAUCGGUCUUGAAGAGCAGUACGCCACGCAUAGGUUAAAACAGAUCGUUCAAAGACUCGAAGACGACCUGUCGGCACGCCAGCGCCCCCUCUCUUCCUUUAAACCGAGUCACAAGGCUUUGACAUUGCUUCGCAAUCUCGACGAACCAGGAUUCGCGCAGCUCAAGAAUCUCGCUGGCAACGAUGACAUACAACAUAUAGCUCCAGAGGCGCCUGCUUCCAGGUAUAGGCUGAGUCUCUCGGAUUAUACCUGGUCGGGCGUUGGCGAGGCGCUGCUCCAGCAAUACCACACCCAAAGCCAGGGCGUCGGUACCACCGACUCCGGCUAUGGAAUUGAGAUUGUGGUUCCUUCGCACCUGUCACCUCCAAUUCCCCCAACUCCUCCAGCUCCUCCACCUGCCGAAUCGAACCCAAUCGAAGCGCUCAAGCACGAUGUUAUAACUAGCCAAACCAUAGUUGCAAACGAAGUAGGUCCGGAAAAACCACCCACGACUACUCCCGAUACCCCAACAGAGAAGCUUGACGUAGAGAUGAGUGACAGUGCUCCCCCAGGUGAAGCUAUCAAGAGGGAGCCCACGAACGAACCGAUCAGCUUGCCAUCUAGGAAGAGAUCCACCGACUCUGCAGGUCUUCCCGAGACUGCAGAUGGUGUUCGAUCCAGGAGCAAGCGCAUUCGUGCACGAGAUAGCGUUGCAGACGGCGGCAAUGGUCAUGAGCUGGAGAAUGUUGACCCCGACCAGCAGCUUGCCGAGCAAUUGCGGCCUUAUUCGGAGACAGACGAUGUGCUCUUUGACGUUACCAAUCGACUCCUUGAAAAAAUGAAGUCUUCUAGCAUCGGUGAUGCAGAGCAACUUCGUCAACUGCUCAAGGAUCACCCCGCCGUCCCCAAACCCGGCACCCUUAACACUGCACUUCACGACAUUCAGACUCUAGCCCGCGAGCCUACGCCUGAGAUCGUGGCUCGAUUGGCAAAUCCGCCAUCGGCCGAAACCAUUGCUGAGACGUCUCGCGAGGCAGGGCUAAAUGCUUUCCUGGGAAACGCAAAGUCCGGCAGGUCUAACCCUUCCGACAAGCUACGUAUUGCUGCCGAACAUGGCUUACCGAACCUCAUUCAACGGAUCAAUGGUUCAUGGCUUUCAGCGAUGGAGGCGUCUUGGCUUUGGUUAUCUUCAUUGCUAAAGCCCGACCCUCAAUUCACCGCUGCGAAUUCCUCGGACCGCUGCGAGUCCAGUUAUCUCCGUCACCAAUGGCCAGACGAUUUGAAGAGGGCGGUGGUCCAAACCUUGGUUCACAUGGAUGAGUUUAUUUUUGAUCGUCUGACGACAGCAGUGCUUGAUCUUGAGAGAGGUGCGUGUAAACCUACAGCCACUGCGUCAGAGAAUCGGUUCUGGCGAGCCGAUAUGGAUCUUGCCGAACUGUGCCAGACCAUUUACGAACUACACUUGGACGUAUACACGUUGAUUCGUAACCCCGGAAGCGGUGUAGACUUCAGCACACAAUCGUCCCAAAAGGAUCGGUUGGAGAGAUGGGCCUACGUGGCUAAUUAUGUUGUUAACCUCGUCAACGCGCCAUCUCAAAAGCUCGACGAUCUCCAGAUACGUCACAUAUGGACCGCGGUUUUCCAUCUCAAUGUCGCCGAAGGUAUUGAACAGUCGCACAUCGUCAUGUGCCUGAAAGAUCUUCAAGAGACCAUGUCCUCUACCCAUGACACUCACAUCGUCCUUCAGAAUAAUGCUGUUAUUCCGGAGCUGUCGAAAGAAGCCGCGGAGCGGGAGCUGAGCAAGAUCCAGAUGAAAGACUCUUUCCUCUCCAUCUUCGAUCAAAACGAAACGGACCCCGCGACGGUUAUUGAAACUUUAGAGCCUUUGCUAGACCCCCUGAUCCCUGGAAUAGGUGGAGGACAUGACUCUUCUCACGGAAACAUUGAUCUCUUCGACCAAGCAGCGGAAAUGAGGAAGUUUCUUAACAAUAGCGAUCUUUCAUUGAAGCUUUCAUUAUGGCAGCGUCUGCGCGACGCAUACGAGGCGAUUGACUACCCCACAAAAGUCGUUUCGUGUUAUAUUCGAAGCAUCGAAGCUGUCGUUGAAGAGUUCAAGAGCCCGAGGUAUCAAGAUGCGAUGCCGGUGGAGAGACAAGAUCAGCUGAUAUCUGGAGUCAAGCUCAUUGCCGACUUCUUGCAUAAAGCGUUGGGAUUGUCACUGAAGACGAUCGAGAAUCCAUUCGAAUGCUUCGAUGACCAACAUCUCCGGUCGUCCACCCAUGCUGUCGCAGAGCUAUGCCGUCUGUUCCAUUCAUUCAGUUUGUUCGAAAUCAAUCAGCGCAUCGGACAGGUGUCGCCCAUUGGAGAGAAUCGUCCGAAUUCUCCGUUCAACAAGUUGGCGACUGUACUCCACGAUUUGGAGGUUCGCUCCUGGAUGUUAUUCUACCAGCUCGUUAAAGAAGGAAUGAUUCAGGACAAGGAGGCUUUCGAAGAUUCAGAUCACCUCAAAGUCGAGUUCCUCAGGGCGCUGCACGACUCGCUCGGCAUUCGCUACAUCUGCAAGGCAUCCAACAAAGCCCUACUCCGAAUGAUGAAGGAUGAACUCCUUGACUUGUGGCAAAUUGAUACUGAAGGAGAAACGGAGUUGAUCCAAGCACUCUACGACCUCUAUGAUCUGCGUUGCUGUACUAGCGUGAACGACGUUGCAGAUCACAGCAUCACAGACUCGGCAGCAGCCGAACCACUCACGCGGAAAACUGCAACGCGGCUCCUGGAUUUUGUCAUAGCCCAAGUGCAAAAAGUUGGGCUCAAAGACAUCCCGAAGAUGGAGCUAAGAUCUGCAAUCGAGAAAGUCCAGGCAGCCCUGGGUCGUGCUAAGGUUGUUGACGAGAUGGUGAUCAACAAGAAAUUGGUUCAAUCCCUCCUCAAAUCUCCAAUCAACCCGCUCCGUCUUUACCAAUGCCUGAAUGGCGUGGGAGAUAUUGGCGAGAGCAGGCCCAUCUCUGCUGGCGUGUGGCCGCCAGCGGAAAAAGGCUGGUAUUUUCUUAUCGGCAGUCUUGCAUUCAACAAAUUCCGCUCCCAAAAGCGACUGCAAGGUGGAUCAACUGAGGAUCUAGACGUGGCCAUUGCUCUAUUCCAUCAAGACCUCGAGUUCGAUGCGGACCGCUGGAAAACGUGGCACAGGAUUGGCCAGGGGUAUGACAGUCAGCUUGAGGAGCGAGUUUCCUGGACCGCCGAAAAGAUCAAUGCGGGCAGCCAUGAGAUCCUCGCCUAUCAGAGACAGGCGAUACACUCUUAUACAAUGGCAGUUGCAUGCGCUGUCAGAACCGCCGAUACAUCUCCAGAGGACAUCUCCCAGAUGGCACAGUUGUACGCCGAUUUCGGGAUGCGGAUAUACUCAUCUUCGCGAGAACCAUUCUCUAUGCAUGCUUUCUCCAUUCGAGAGAGCGAGCAACGAAACUUUAGCAGUCAGAACAUGACCAUGUAUAAAUCCGUGCCUUUUAACCCGCUUGGGCUUUAUACGGCAUGGAAGUACGCAGCUGCCCUGUUUGGCAAGGCUAUCACACUACGAGAAGGGCAGUGGCCGUAUCAUUACAUGCUCGCCAAGUGCUAUUGGAAAAUGUAUCGAGCUCCGGAGGACGUCCGAAGAAACGCGGCCGCUCCAAGCUGGGAAGAUGUGAUCGAGCAGCUCACGAUCGCAGUCAAUCUCCUUCCGUCGAAGAGUCGAAGGGACCCGAUUCUCGAGCCGCGCUACAAGCUUCUUUCCAUCACCCACAAGCUACUUCAGUGCAAAGACAUAUCGCUCGAAGAGGCUUGCGAAAUUCUGAAUUCGAUCUCGUACGCCCAGAAACUGCCGCAACCGACUGAAAUGGAUGACUGGGAGCCUUACGUACUUGGUGUGCUCAAGGCAUUGCGAUCGGCUGACAAGUCUGGGUGGCAUCAUCGCAUGACCUUGCGAGCCGCACAUGUUAUCUACGAUGAUUCCGCCGACGACAUCACUGCCGCAAUCGGCGUCAAACAUGAACUAACACAGGCGAUCUUCACGAAGACGAUGAUUGUCAACGUCUGGAAACCGGAACAUGAACGAGCCGGGCGUCACUUCGUAUAUACCACGCGAUACACCCAGUUCUUUGUGCGCAUCCUCGUCCAGCUUGGCGACCGAGCCAGCCUCGAACUUCUGUCCAAGCGCGUUCGGAAGAAGCCACACGAGUUCUUCCAGCAUUCGAAGUUAUGGCAGGAGCUCUGCGUCGGCUACCUGAAGAUUCUACGACGUGCGGGCAAGGUCCCCGACGGGCAUGAAGACACGGUAUUCAAGAACCUCAGCCACGAUGAAUGGAAUGUUCGGUCGGCGCGAUUAGAGCAAUGGGCCCAUUCUCCGGAUACAACCUCCCCUCUCCUCGACAUCCUCCGAGAUGUGAUCGAACUUAAGAAGGCCAACAACGGCCUCAUGAAACCCACAUUGAUCGAUGACCUCAUCGGAGAUACAUACGCCUUGAUGUACACGCAAAUCGCGAUGAAGCUGGACAUCUCGAACAUGGCACCGAACGCAAUGUUGUCCGCCAAUGGACACAUGGAUGGUGCGUCGGAUCUUUCUCGAGCCGGCACGCCUGCCACUGGCGGUGCCGCUCUGAAUAGCGUGGCCGUUCCCAUACAGCCCAGUGAUCAGACCAGUAGAUCGAGGACCAAGGGCGUCGGGCGGAGAGAGGUACAUCGCAAAGCCGAAGCUGCUGCGACAAGGCCGGUGGCGCCUGCAAGCGCUUCCACUCCAAGUAAUGGCUCUACGAAUGGACCUACACCCACACGGGCCAGCACCGUUCAAGUCAUCAUUGAUUCGAACGGACGAUCAGGCACGGCGUCGGAAAACGAUGGUUCAGGCCAGGGUGCAGCGGGAGUAAAGGGUACAGAUGCAGACGAUGAUAGUGGCAGUUCGUUGAGCGACCUCGAGGAUCUGGAGGAUGAACCCGAGGACGGGGACGAUGGAGAGCAGGAGGCGAGAAGCAUGUUCCCCGGCCUGGCGUCGAAGUUGGAUGAGGACUUGCAAGAGAGCAUUGCUGCAAGUUUGGGCGACAAGGAGAAACCACCUUCUGAUACCGGUAUGGAGGAUUCGAGGGAAGGCGAGGAACAGUAGAGGCGGAAUUGCUCUGUUCUAUGAGACGUACCUACAUUGAAGAUAUAUUGAUACCCUUUCGACUUUCGAAUGCGAGUCCGCGUAUACGUAUUUGGUACUUAUAAAGUGCCUGUCUUGCCAAUCAACCCGAUAUGAAAUGAGAUAUCAUACCUUACU